AUGGCGACCACCGAGAAACCACAAGACAUUCAGGCGGAGACCCGCACUGACGAGAUAAACGACCUCGAGAAACAUGUCGUUGUGGACACUGUUCACAAGGAUGAGGCAAUGAAAGUUCUUGCAAAUUAUUCCGGAGACGAAUCAUGGACUGAGGAGGAAGAGAAACUCCUAAGACGAAAAAUCGACAGGAGAUUACUGCCUAUUAUGUGCAUAACGUAUGCAAUUCAGUAUUACGACAAAGGGAUGAUUUCCCAGGCCUCGAUCUUCGGCCUGCGAACUGAUCUAAAACUUACCACCAGCAAUCGCUAUUCUAUGUCUUCUUCGAUUUUUUUCUUGGGGUUUGUGGCAGGAGCCUAUCCUGCAUCUCAACUCGCACAGAGAUACCCUAUAGAACGGGUCGCCUCCGGCCUCGUCUUCCUGUGGGGUGUGUGCUUUAUUCUAACAGCCGCCUGCUUUACCUGGCAGGCUUUCUAUACUCAACGAUUUUUUCUCGGCUUCCUUGAAGCGGGAAUCAGUCCAAUAUUUAUGCUUAUGAUCGGCCAGUUCUACAAGAAGGACGAACAGGCUCUUAUGAUGGGAGUCUGGUAUUCGGCUUCAGGCUUCGUUACAGUCUUCUCACCCCUAAUUAACUAUGGACUGGGUCAUAUCAAUGGUAGUCUAUCACCAUGGCGAUAUAUGUUCAUUGUUGGUGGCGUCGUUACCAUCCUCUGGACUCUGGUGGUCUAUUUCUUCAUGCCGCCGGACCCGAUUCGCGCCCGAGGGUUUACUGAGCGUGAAAGAUAUAUUGCAGUGGCUCGCUUGAGGACCAACAACGCAGGAGUUCGAAAUACGCAUUUCAAGAUCCAACAUGUUAAGGAGCUAUUCAUCGAUCCCAAUUUCUGGUUGAUUUUCUCAAUGGCAUUCCUGAGUAUGUUUGCGGCUGGCCCGGUGAACGCCUUUGUUCCAAUUAUCAUAGCAGGCUUGGGGUUUAAUACACUCAAUACACUCCUUCUGAUCAUGCCUGCGGGAGCAGCUGCAGGCAUCAUGAUUCUAGGAGCGACUUGGACUGCGUAUAAAGUCCCUCGGGUACGAAUAUGGAUCAUCUUUGCCAGCGAAAUUGUUACGAUCAUCUCCUGCAUACUCUUAUGGCGUUUGCCCCGCAGCGCAACUGGUGGGCUUCUAUAUGCUGUUUACACUUUGGCUGGAUUUACUGCUGGGUGGGGUAUAAUCUUAGGUUUGUCGAUUGCGAACACUGCUGGAUACACUAAACGCAUGGUCAUCUCUUCGGCAGUUUACGUUGGAUAUUGUUUAGGGCAAUUUGUCGGGCCUCUGUUGUUCAAACCUGAAGAUGCACCAAUUUAUGGCCCAGGCUUCAAAGUAGUGCUCAUUACAUCAGCAAUCACAGCUGGCCUAGCUGUUUUCUACCGCUAUCUUAAUGUCUGGGAGAACAGAAGACGAGAUAAAGCAGGGACUUUGGAAGCAUUUGAGCAUGCUUACGAGGAUGACGUGACUGAUCGAAAGAAUCCCCAAUUUCGAUACGUCUAUUAA